GGAUGAUGCUCCUAAGCGGGGAGGACGGUUUCUCCGGACCCUGCGGCAGCGAGCGUUCUGGAAGCACUUCGCAGCCUACUUCCCUAUGAAGCUGACCCGGGAAGAAGAACUCGAUCCGGAGAAAAAUUAUGUUUUUGGCUAUCACCCGCAUGGUAUCAUCAGUUUGGGCGCCCUUUGCAACUUCGGAACAGAGGCGACUGGCUUUGCGCAGCUUUUCCCAGGUAUCGAUUUACGGUUGCUGACAUUGACCAUGAACUUUCGCAUACCUUUCUUUCGAGAGUAUUUGCUUGGAAUGGGCAUCAAUGAUGUCAGUCGAGAAUCCUGUGAACGGAACCUUUCUCGUGGACCUGGAUCGUCAAUCAUGAUUGUAGUGGGCGGUGCGCGCGAAUCCAUAGAGACCGCACAGGGUGGUCGCGACAGCUUGAUACUCUCGAACAGGAAGGGAUUUGUGAAGCUUGCUUUGCGCAAGGGUGCGUCCUUGGUCCCUGUUUACUCCUUUGGGGAGAACGACGUGUUCGGUGUUUUCCGCAGCAGUUGGCUGACAGAGCUGCAGAUCCGGAUGCAGAAGAAGUUGGGCUUUGCAGUGCCUCUCUUCUUCGGUCGCGCGCUUACCGCUGGACUGCUGCAUCGGCUGUUCGGGCUGAACGUGGGCGUUCUUCCUCUCCGGGUGCCCAUUCACUCCGUUGUGGGAAAGCCGAUCCAUCUGAAGAAGACACCCAACCCCUCCCAGGAGGAAGUGGACGAGGCUCACGCUCGGUAUAUGGAAGAAUUGAAGCGAAUACACUCCGAAUGGAAAGAUAAGUUCGAGAAGGAGCGAGAAGACGUGUUGAAACAGUGCGAUGCGGAGCGCGCCAAGAUUUAUCGCAGUGGUCGGUUCCGCUUGGAUGACCACUGCGAGCUAUCUUUUGUGGAGUGAGCCGCGUCGUGUGCACUCUCAGGUCCUCAGUGGAUUCUUUGGUGCGCAAUGUCCAAAAACCUUCUUGAGUCUCCAGGAGGGGCUCUCGUCGCUUCGCCCGGCCGACUUCCCGUUGGAGCUCUUGCGUGGAAUUGUUCCCGGGAGAGCUCCAGGGGGGGGUCUACGACGAUGGAGUGUGGAGAGCGGGAGCAUGCCGAGGGACGAAGUUGUCCCGCUGUCGCACGAGCAAUCUGACGGGCUCCCAAUACAUGGCAUUCAUAUAGAUGUUCGGAGGUAGGUGCGCACAGAUCUCUUGGAUCCGCGCUUAGGCCUCCAUCCCUGGCGCGCAGAGCGCGCAAGGGGCGGUGCCAGAGGCACCACCAGGGGGGGGCCCAGCGCCGAUCAGCGAAAUCCGCGCGGAGCUCUGGAAUGAGAUAUUCAUGCCGUUCAUUGUUCCAGUAGAUGCUAUCGGG